UUCACCAUUGCAACUUUUGCAGCCACUCCACGCACAGACAUGCUCACCGCGGGCUGAAGCCCAACCUGCUGUUCGGCUCUGCCUCUGAGCCAGACAAACCGCUCGCGGCUCGGUAGCUGAAGUUGCAGAGCUCGCGUUUUGAUUUGCUCCGCGGACCGUUAAUGAGAAGUGCAGUUCUGGAUGUGAUUUUUUUCUCCCCUCUUCUGUCCUUUUCUCCCCGAUGAACUGGGCUAGUAAUGCAGGAGACAGCAGCGAUUCUGUCAGCGGCGCAAGAUGGCAGAUUUUUAUUGAGUUCUGAACUGAAACAUCUCUUCAUAUUUUGCCAUGAAUAGCAGGAACCCUUGCACCGAUGGCCCCUGUAUACGAAGGUAUGGCCUCGCAAGUGCAAGUAUUUUCCCCCCACGCUCUCCAGUCAAGUGCCUUCUUUAGCGUGAAGAAGCUGAAGGUGGAGCAGAGCUGCAACUGGGACAUGACAGGGUACGGCACGCACGGCAAGGUCUACGGUCAGAACGGCAAGCAGAGUGUGUCCGUGGCUCCAGUGGGCAUCAACGCCGCCUCCCUCCAGGUGUCCAGCUCCUCGCUACCCUACGAGCAGGCCCUCCUCUUCCCAGCCGGCCCGGCCCACAUAGUGGUGGCCUCGGCUAGCAGCAGCACGUCUGGUGCAGCUGGCCAGCUUCUGGGCAGCACGGGCAGUAGCAGUGGAAGCGGCAGCGGAGGCCACAACCUAACGCGCCGCAGCACAGUCAGCUUGCUGGAUACAUACCAGCGAUGUGGGCUUAAGCGCAAGAGCGAGGAGCUGGACAACAGCAACAACGGCAGUGGGGGCAGCGUGCACGUGGUGGAGGAGCAGCAGCAGCAGCAGCAGCAGCAAGGGCCAGCACCCAUGAUCCAGAACAACGGGCAGAGCGGAGCGGGGGUCGCAGCGGCUACUGUGGCCACUGCCUCCACUACUGCCACGUCCAAGACCAGCGGUGCAAACAGCGAGGGCGACUACCAGCUCCUGCAGCACGAGGUGCUGUGCUCCAUGACCAACACGUAUGAAGUGCUGGAGUUCUUGGGCCGGGGCACUUUUGGCCAGGUGGUGAAGUGCUGGAAACGUGGAACCAGCGAGAUUGUGGCGAUCAAGAUUCUGAAGAACCACCCAUCGUAUGCCCGGCAGGGUCAGAUCGAGGUCAGCAUCCUGGCACGCCUCAGCACGGAGAGUGCAGAUGACUACAACUUUGUCCGGGCCUACGAGUGCUUCCAGCACAAGAACCACACGUGCCUGGUCUUCGAGAUGCUCGAGCAGAAUCUAUACGACUUCCUCAAGCAGAACAAGUUCAGCCCGCUGCCACUCAAGUACAUCCGGCCAGUCCUGCAGCAGGUGGCCACAGCCCUGAUGAAGCUGAAGAGCCUGGGUCUGAUCCAUGCCGACCUGAAGCCUGAGAACAUCAUGCUCGUAGACCCCGCCCGCCAGCCCUACAGGGUCAAAGUCAUUGACUUUGGCUCUGCCAGCCAUGUGUCCAAAGCUGUGUGCUCCACUUACCUGCAGUCCAGAUACUACAGAGCUCCAGAGAUCAUCCUUGGCCUGCCCUUCUGUGAGGCUAUAGACAUGUGGUCCCUGGGCUGCGUCAUCGCUGAGCUCUUCCUGGGCUGGCCGCUUUACCCCGGGGCGUCUGAGUACGAUCAGAUUCGGUACAUUUCUCAAACACAGGGAUUGCCAGCAGAGUAUCUGUUGAGCGCAGGCACAAAAACCACCAGGUUCUUCAACAGAGACCCAGACUCUACCUAUCCUUUAUGGAGAUUAAAGACGCCAGAGGACCAUGAGGGGGAGACAGGAAUCAAAUCUAAGGAAGCCCGCAAGUACAUCUUCAACUGCUUGGAUGAUAUGGCACAGGUGAAUGUGACUACAGACCUGGAGGGCAGUGACAUGUUGGCGGAGAAGGCAGACCGGAGGGAGUUUAUCGACCUGCUGACCAAGAUGCUGACCAUCGACGCAGAUAAGAGGAUCACGCCCAUCGAGACGCUCAACCAUCCCUUUGUUACUAUGGCACACCUGCUGGACUUUCCCCAUAGCUCACACGUUAAAUCCUGCUUCCAGAAUAUGGAGAUUUGUAAGCGCCGGGUGAACAUGUACGACACAGUCAACCAGAGCAAAACUCCGUUCAUCACACACGUGGCCCCCAGCACUUCCACCAACCUCACCAUGACAUUCAACAACCAACUGAACACUGUGCACAGCCAGGCCACCAACCUGGCUCCCUCCUCCACCAGUGCCACCCUUUCCCUUGCCAAUCCUGAUGUCUCCAUACUAAACUACCAAUCUACACUCUACCAGCCCUCAGCAGCCCCUAUGGCUGCCGUGGCCCCCAGGACCAUGCCCCUGCAGCCCGGCGGACCUCAGCUCUGUGCCACCCGCCCUGACCCCUUCCAGCAGGCCCUCAUCGUUUGCCCACCUGCCUUCCAAGGGCUGCAGGCGUCCCCUUCCAAACACAGUGGCUACUCAGUGCGGAUGGAGAAUGCUGUUCCCAUAGUGACACAGGCCCCCGGUGCACAGCCCCUGCAGAUCCAGCCCGGCCUUCUCACACAGCAGGCCUGGCCCUCUGGUACCCAACAGAUCCUGCUGCCUCCUGCAUGGCAACAGCUCACACACACCUCUGUACAGCACGCCGCCGUCAUCCCGGAGUCCAUGAGCAGCUCUCAGCCUCUUACCAACUGGAGGAAUUCCCAUGGCAGCCAUUACAAUCCCAUCAUGCAGCAGCCAGCCUUGCUCGCUGGUCAUGUGGCUCUGCCCUCGCAGCAGCCUCUGAAUGUGGGUGUGGCUCAUGUUAUGAGGCAGCCAUCAAAUAAUAACUCCUCGAAAAAGAAUAAGCAGCACCAGAUGAACAGCAGGAACGUGUCGGCGUAUGAGGUGUCCUCCUCACAGUCCGUGCUGUCCCCUCAACGCUCCAAGCGUGUGAAGGAGAACACUCCACCACGCUGUGCUGUGCUCCAGAAUGGCCCGUCUACUGCCUGUGGCCCACCCCAAGUCUGCGGAGGAGGAGGGUGGGGAGAAGAGCAGCAGGCCUCCAGCACCACACGAGACCACCACAUACAACACACCCAACACAACCCCCCACGCCAGACCAUUGUCAUCCCAGACACCCCAAGCCCGGCUGUCAGCAUCAUUACCAUCAGCAGCGAUACAGACGAGGAGGAUGAGCACAAGCAGCCCACCAACACCAGCACAUCAUCUAAGCAGCGGAAGAACGUCAUCAGCUGUGUGACGGUCCAUGACUCCCCAGACUCUGACUCCAGCAAUAACAGCCCCUAUGCUGUGGAGGCCCGGCGCAGUGGCCCCAAUGCCAACAACUACGACUCUAAGGGUGCAGCGCUGGAUGACUACAGCAAUGGCAACCCCCGUACCAUCAUUAUCCCCCCUCUGAAAAGCCAGACUAGCGAGAGCCUGAAUGAGUGCGAUCGCCUCCUUCCUGAUGCCAUGAACCACCAGAAUUCUGCCUAUAAGUUUAAGUCCUCCAAUGGAGGGUUGUCUGGCAACAAUCAUUCAUCAGGAGGCAUUCCUGGAGGUGGGGUUUAUCGGCAGCAGCGUACUGGGCCACACCCCUUCCAACAGCAGCCACUCAAUCUCAGCCAGGCUCAGCAGCACAUGGCAGUAGAGAGGAAUGGAGGUCACAGGAGGCAGCAGGCCUACAUCACCCCCACCAUGGCCGCCCAGGCUCCCUACUCCUUCCACCACAACAGUCCCUCUCACAGCACCAACGUUCACCCCCACCUUGCCGCCACGCACUUGUCAGGCCAACCCCACCUUUACACUUACACAGCCCCUGCUGCCCUGGGCUCCACUGGUACUGUGGCACAUUUGGUGGCAUCACAGGGUUCGGCCCGCCACGCUGUCCAGCAUGCCAGCUACCCACCGGGCAUCGUCCACCAGGUGCCCGUCAGCAUGGGCCACCGUGUGCUGCCCUCGCCAACACUGCACCACAGCCAGUACCAGGCCCAGUUUGCCCACCAAACAUACAUCAGCGCUUCACCCGCCUCCACUGUCUACACUGGAUAUCCUCUGAGCCCCACCAAGAUGAACCAGUACCCUUACCUCUAGAGCCGAAAACACUGGAGCCUAGCCUACCGCUGCUUACCAUUCUACUCCUCCACUAGAGACAGAGAGACAUGCUCAAGCCUAACUGCUCCCAACUCUUCCCCCUGUCCCUGACAUGCUUAAACUUGAAGACGAUUAAGAUGCUGAUGGAGAAGAAGAAAAAGAAGAAGAGUAGUGUUGGAGGUAAUAUAAUGGAGGGGUAAAGUUUUAAAGGAGCUUUCUUUAUAUCUGAGUUUAUUUUUCCUCUCAAAAGGGCCAGUUCAAUUUCUUGUUUGUCAUUUGGGUUUUUAAUUUCUUUCAACAUGGAAAUUGAAGACAUUUUUUUCUUUUUACAUUAUCAAUUUCUUUUUCAACAAGGUCACAUCUGUUGGCAUUUUUGGGAGAGAUGGAGAGUUUCUUUCAUUAAACCAAGAUUUUGUUUGGUUUUCAGAUUUUUUUAAAGGCAUUCACUGACUGUUGAGCUGGGGUCACAUUGUGGAUGAGAACUUUGUAUAAAGGUGAAAUACGGAUAUCUGCUGCUCUACAAAGAAAAAAAUAAUGAUGGCCUUGAACUGUCUUAAACGUUUCCAAAUCACAUAUGGCGAGGGGUAGGCACAUACCCCGCCGUCCUCUCCUGACAACAACUGGAGCAAUCUUCUGGAAAUAUGACAAAAAAAGACAAAAAACUUUCUAAUGUAUUUAUAGACUUUUCUCUGUUUGUGUUCGCAUUUAGACAAGAAAAUAUGUUUUGUCAUACAGUAGGACAUUUAGCUAGGCCCCCUUUUUAGAAUGUAGCAGGCUGCACCCAUUUAUUUUAUGAAGAAACUUUCUGAUACCAAUAGAUUUUUUCCUCCUCUUUAAAUGUGAUUGCACAAAGUGGUUGUAAUAACAAGCAUGUACAACAUAAAAGUCUGUGUGUGCGUGUGUGCUGCCGUCGGCCAUGUGCGUGGUACACCUUCCUCUGCACCUUUGUGCGAUGUAUACUCCACGGUCUUAGGUUUAUCAUUGUUCCCUCGUAGUGCCUUACAGAUAUUACGACAGUUUACUUGGCUGGAAACCCUCUAGAACCAACAGAAACUAGCUUGAGAGUUGGCUCCUAGGUUGAACAUCUUUUGUCUGAAGUGUUUUGUUUUUGACUUCCAGGUGUGAGCGUAGUCCUAAAUGUUAUUUAUAGCUAUAUUAUUAUACACAAAAACCAUCUCGUACAGCAGUGCUUCUUGUUUAGCGUGCAUGAGGUUAUUUGACAUAUUAGAUGAAGACACUUGCCUGGGGUAAUGAACCAAAGUUGUCAUUCAGUAAAGAUUAGUAACAUUUGUUACUAUAAUAUAUAUAUAGUGUGUUUACUGUGUAUCAUAGCUGUGUGACUUAGAAACCUCGAUACCCAUCCAGUGGCACUGACUUUAGGCUGUGUUUGUUUUUGUCAUAAAAGGGAAUUCACAUGUAUAUUGACGGAAAAACCGAAGCAUUACACAUAAUUUGUUUGACAUCUGUGCUAUGAGGUCUGAGUAGUCAGAAAACCAAGUUUGAGGACAAAGAUCUGAAUAUCAUCUGCUAAAAGGAAUAGAACUCCAGAUACAGCACACCAGGCGCUGAAGGGAGGUCAGAAGAGUUGUAGCGUCUGCAGAGAGAGUGGCCUUGAUCGGCCCCAGUGAGCCUGGUGCAGAAAAUGGUGUAGAAACAGUAAACCUGGGAGGGUGAGAGAGCGGGUCUAGGUAGGGUUAAGAGAGAUUAAGGUGCUAAAAGAUGGCACUGGAUGGAUUUGGAUGGGAAUUGUAGGAUGGGGGAGAGAGCCUAAAUUCCACAUCUCAAUGAGAAUAGCAUGUUGGCUUUGAGCACGUAGAACCUGGAGGAGGCUGCGCUACAGGAGGCACUGCAUGAAUGCACACCAUACUCUGAUCUAAGGCAUCGUUCAGCAGGGUCAAGAAGAUCCUUGAUGGAUUUUUAGUCUCAUGUAUGUUCCGAAGGCUGCGAUUCUCUCAGCUGCCCUGCAUGAACGGAAGCUAACCGCUAACGUGUACACCUGGAAGAGUUGUGCCGAAAUAUCGACGUUGUUUUUGUUGUUUCUCUUUGUCUUACUUAAGGAAUCACUUGUGCUAGAUAUCACUUUGAGAGAAAGGGAUUACUGAUGUGUUGAAGAAUUUGUGGGCCAAUGUUUUUUUGGUUUUUUUUUUUGGUUUUUUUUGCUGCUUGAGUUAAUGUUGACUUGUCUUUUAGCCAAUGAUUUGAUUUACUUUUGUGGUUUUCAUUUUGUCUAUAAAUAGAGGGCACAUGCAUGUGUUUUUUGGUGAAUGCAUCCAGUUCUCCCCACUCAUGUCAUGCCGUAGUACUUGCAUUUGAAGUGGUUUUGUUUUGACAUUGAGACUUUUUUCAUUUUAUGCUACAGAUAUAUUGUCUUUUUUAGAGAUUGCUGCAAUAAUUUUUCAUGGGUGUUUAUUAGUGGAAGUAUUUUUAUUAUUCAUUAAGCUCAUUUUUAUCUGUAUCUGGUGGUUGAUAAGUUAUAGUAAUCCUGAGUAUUCUUAAGGGGGCAUGUACCUGUGCAAAGGAUGCUGAAAACAGUAGAUGUUGUCAGUGUGCUAGACUGAGGUUCGACACCUCCUGCUUGAACAUCAUUAAUAGCUUGUCAGUUUCUAUGGUAGUUGGGAUGCCCUUUGCUUUUGUAGAUGUAUUUGGUUGGUUACACCCACUGGCUCCAGCACAGUGAGAGGGAGAGGUUCCUCUGUUAUCAAAACCACAUAAAAAAGACAUUCCAUUCUAGAAGGAGCCAUUUUGUCUCUCACUGCACUUUUUGUAAUCUCCAGCCCUCACACGGACUGGCCUGUCUGACCAAACGGGGACUCAUUUUAUUUCUUCCCACCAAAGAAAUUCAGCAUGUUAACAAUGCACAAAAAGUUGCCCCUUGCUGUAACUGAGAAGACUGGCAUUAAAGUCAGUUCAGUAAUAGAAAUAUACAACAGCACACAUACUAUACAGAAAGACAUUCAGACAUUCUUACACAGUAUAAAUUAACCCAGUCUUCAAAAUGUGUGGUUUGUUUCAAGCUGGUCAGUGUUUUUUUAUGUUUAAAUCCCCUUGUCCUACAUUUCAUCUGAUGUAGAUGAAAUAGAUUUCUAUAUGGGAAUAAGGCCCCUUAUCCAUCUUAUUCAAAAUAUUGAUUUUUUUUGUUGUUGAAGUUGUUCUUCAGCUUUAUUGAUGUUAUGAAGUAAAUAUGGAUACAGUUUAAAAACUAGGUAGUGCAUAGUGACCUUUGGGCAGAAUGAGAUACCUUACAGUAAAACCUUUAAUAAAAUGGUCACUAGUGCAAAAAUGAAUGUAUAAUGUGAGACUAAAACAUCUGAUAUAUCAUGAUUACAACUAUUACUUCAUCUUUUCACUGUUACUCUGUAUAUUUUUCCUCAAAAGGAAUGCAAUAAGUCUCGCGAGAACAAACAGGCUUAUCAAGAUAAUGUUUUUUUCAAAAUAACUUAAAUUAGUGUUUAUUUUCUUAGCAUUUACUCUCGUUUGGCUUGUCACAUCAGAACUUCAUGAAAUCAGUCAUAAAGCCCUAUUAACCCUACAAAGUGAUAACUUGCUUUUGUGAUGUACAAGUUGUACUGUUUUGAUGCAAUGUGUGUCUUUUUGAGAAAUGUAAGCAGAAAUGUAGAUCCAGUGACCUUAUAAUUACCAAAAUGUGCUAUGCCUGAGAUGUUAGCAUCUUUUAUAUAUGUACAAACAAAAAAAUCUUUUUAAUUCUAAUUUUAUCUCCUCCUGACAGGUUCAUUUUCAUGUCAAAACACUGCCUUCCAAGCUAUCAGCUCAAAGCUUUAAGCAAUGGUCAAAAUGGAAAUCUUCUUGUAUUGGUCAUUUACUAAGGCUUGGUGGUACAACCUUAGUUUUAUUUAAGUUUCUCAAAACAGUAUCCAGUUUAAUGUCAGACAAAAUUGACCCCAAUAUGAAAAACAUUCCCAGUGCCAGUUGGCCUCUUAGGUAUUUACUUGAAGCAUUUUUAGAACCUGACAAAACAAGGUUGUCUAGUGUAUGACCCUUAAUAAUGCAAUCAGUACAGGAGGCUUCGUAAAGCACACACUGCUAAACAAAAUUGGAGCUGACCAGUGUCACAGUGACAGCACUUCCACAGUCUUUAAGCUCUUUUGUUAAGUGUUUGUGUUUUAAAGUGGUUUCUCGUCAGGGCGCGGGCUGAAAUGAAAUAAUCAUGGGUUUAGUCAUCGAUCUGUGCAUGUGCAAAUGUGCUAAGAGGCCAAAUAUUACAAAAUGGCCAUUUUAUUCUUAUGACAUUUUAGAACCAAAAAAUAAGCAAUGACCUUUAACCUCAAGGUGGAGGUCUCAGUCUACAGUCAUUUUUAACUGUAUCUUCUUCAGAUUCUCUGUCAGGUAAGCUGGUCAUGGACUAAAACCUGACUCACCAGCCCGAAAAGCGCUUUGUAUUUGUUAUGACUUCAGUUUACAUGGUGAUUUACAGUAAAGUGUACUACUAUCUACAGUAUAAACUAUUCUCCAUGUACAGAUAACAACACGAAACAGACGGACUUGGUCAUACAGGAAUUACAGUUUGUCACACAACACAAAUCACCAGUGUAAUCUGUUAUGUAGCUGUGACGCACUGUAGCCAUUUCUGCCGCCAUCUGUGACAUGAACAUUUUUUUCUACUUGCACAGCAACAAACGUUCACAAUAAAAUGUAAACUAAAUAUUUUUCUAUAAUGUCUCAAGACCUAAGAAAGCAUCAGACCCUGACCCUGAUUUUGCUGUAUGGUUUCUCAAUGGUGUAUCUCAUUAGUUGUUGUCAAAGCUAUUGUGUGCUGCAGUAUUUCCAAGUAUACUUCUUUGUUAAUGUCUUUUUUUAUCAUUUAGCUUUCUUUAUUGGGGAUUUGAAGAAGUGUGAUGUCUCAUUAUUUCAAUCUGUUAACGUAGCGCUAUGUGUACCCUAUACCUUAGACUAAUAUUAUUAAGUAUGUUAUGAGAAUGGAUAUUUUACUGGCUUUAUAGAAUGUUAAAAUGAAUAUAAUAAUAAGAAGAAUGAUUUAACUCCUAAAAGUUGAGUACUUGCUACUAAGCGCUUGUGUUACCAUUAAGAUGUUGUGUGCUUCUCUUAAUUUUCGUUGUAGAAAAAUUGAGUGAAUUUAUUAUUAGGCUUCGACAACUAAUGAUAGCAGUGUAAAUUUACGGAGGAUUUUAACAAACAUCUGGGUUAUAGAAGAAUAUAGUUAUUUUAAUUGUUCUAUUUACUAACUGUAGGGUGAGAAGGGGCUCGCAUUGUGGUGAACUAUGUUAUAGCUUGUUAUUCACUGUUACUUUUGAUCAUUUUUUCGGUCUCCGAGGUGAAUCGAGUUAUUAAUGAGAAUUUGUAUGCUCACAUAUGCAUAUUGUAUAUGUGUAGAAAUGUAAUCACACUUUGUCUUGGAUUUACAUUAAACUGUUAAGUCACGGCA